UUGAUUUAACCGUAGAGCUAUGGACAUUUCUGAGAAGAAACCCCUUCUAAGUGGAAUAAGUCAGAAGAGUUCCUUCUACAACCAUGAAAAUGGAGGCUUCGAUAGCCAAUUAGAUUGUCCAGAACUAGGAUCGAACAGAAACCGACUGAACAGCGCCCUAGAUGAGGAGUUGGAGCCCGUGACCUUGACAUGGAAGGACGUCAAUGUUUAUGCCUUACCAAAGAAAGGGGGAUGUUGCGAACGGGGCAAGGCCCAGCCCACCCCAAAACAAAUAUUGACAAAUGUCAAUGGUAUGAUUAAACCUGGGAAGCUGAUGGCGGUCAUGGGUGCAAGCGGAGCCGGAAAAUCCACUCUGCUAAAUGUACUCACCUACAGAAACAGAGGAACCCUAAUCUUACAAGGUGAUGUCAGGGUCAAUGGCGUGAUAGUGGACAAAACCAAAAUAUCCAACAUCUCAGCUUACGUCCAACAGGACGAUCUGUUCAUAGGGACGCUAACAGUCAGGGAGCAUCUCACAUUUAGGGCUUUACUUCGUAUGGACAAAAAGAAAACCAGAGAAGAAAGAUUAAGGAAAGUGGAAGAUGUAAUCCUUGAACUUGGUCUGACUAAAUGUGCUGAUACAGUUAUUGGGUUACCAGGCAGGCUUAAGGGAAUUUCUGGGGGAGAAAUGAAGAGACUCUCGUUUGCCUCAGAGCUACUUACCAAUCCUCCAUUGAUGUUUUGUGACGAGGCUACUUCCGGUUUGGACUCAUUUAUGGCAUUCAGUGUCAUACAAGCACUAAAGAGUAUGACAAAAAGUGGCAGAACCAUUUUGUGCACCAUUCACCAACCACCGUCAGAAGUCUUUGAGUUAUUUGAUGAACUGUUUCUUUUAGCCGAGGGGAGAGUUGCAUUCACAGGAUCAAUGCCUAAUGCACUCGAGUUUUUUAAAAGCAAUGGUCAUCCUUGCCCUGUAAACUACAACCCAGCUGAUCAUUAUAUUCUAACCAUGGCCAUCAUACCAGGAAAGGAAACAGACUGCAAGGCACGAGUUCAGAAAAUUUGUGACAAAUUCGAGGCCACAGAAGCAUCUAAAACAAUGAAAGAAGAGAUGAAUGGAAUGUGUGAUCACACACAAGUCUCCCAGAAAUUUAUCUUAAAUACCCUGAGUGAUUCAACAAGGUAUGGAGCCUCCUUUAUCCAGCAGUUGAAGUCAGUGUUCUGGAGAAGUUGGAUAACGAGUAUACGAGAUCCACUGAUAGUCCGGAUCAAGUUCAUCCAAACUAUUUUUUUUGCUGUGAUAUUAGGAAUCAUUUACCUGAAGACAGACGAUGAUUAUGCUCAGGACGACAUCAUGAACAUCAACGGAGUCAUCUUUGUUAUCAUCACAAACCUCAGCUUUAACAACAUCUUCUCUGUUUUGAAUGUUUUCCCAAUAGAAGUGCCGAUAUUUUUAAGGGAGUAUGGGACAGGACUGUAUGGCGUUGGAGUGUAUUACCUGAGCAAAACAUUAGUGGAGAUACCCUUCUUGAUCAUCAUACCUAUUAUAUUUAUGUCCAUACUCUACUGGAUGAGUGGUUUAAUUCAUGAUGGGUAUGCAUUUUUGGUGGCCACGGGUGUAGCUAUUGUGGUAUCAAACACAGCUGCUUCAUUUGGGUACGUGGUAUCAGCGGCCGCCCCAACAGUCACUGCUGCUCUGGCAAUAGCCCCAGCUCUCAUGAUACCGUUUCUGUUAUUUGGAGGAUUCUUCCUUAACAGUGGGUCAAUCCCUGACUGGCUUAUAUGGUUCAAAUAUCUAUCCUGGUUCUCAUAUGGAAACGAAAUGUUGGUUGUAAAUCAAUGGGAUGGUGUGAACAACAUAGCCUGUACGUCAAAUACGACAUGUAUUCCACGGGGUGAUCUAGUUAUCAGCAGCCUUAGUUUUGAUAAGGACAAUUUCUACCUAGAUCUUGGACUGCUCUUUGCUCUAUUUAUAGGAUUCCGACUGAUUUCGUUCAUUGUCCUAUUCAUUAGGGCGAGAAGGUCUUCAUCCUAAGACCUUUUUCAUUCAGUGCUUUAUACGUUGUCUUCUACUUUUUAAAAAAAAAAAUUAUUUAUUUACAUUUCUUUUUUUUUUUUGUAUGUUACAAUGUAACGUGUUAUACUGUCUUAUAGAAAUCCGCCAGACGUUGAAUCGUAAAUGAGUGAUUGUAGAGUUCAGAUGAAUGAUUAAUGAAUUUACCAGUUUCUGUUACUCGGUACAGUUUAACAAUUAUACAUUCACAAUCCUAUUUUCAAUGUGUACAGAAUUGAAUGGUUUUUUUAAUGUAUACUUUGAUACAUGACGUUCUGAAAUAUAUAACAAGACUAAAUAUAUACUGUAUAUGGGAUAUUACUAUUGACAUUGGAAUUUUUUUAAUGUGGUUUGUCACCUUUGAGCAUGGUCGUAUUUAAUUUGCUAAUUUGGCAAUUUUAAGGUUUCAUUGAUAAAAUUAAGGAAAAAAAA